AGUAGGGCUAAAAUAGAAGGGGGGGGGGACGGUUCCAGCAGUAACUUCUGGGAUUGAAAGAAGAGGGGAAAGAGCUACAGUAAACAACAAUUAAUUUACCCAAAGUGUGUAUCCGGCACAGGAGUGAGGGCAGUAUUCCUGGCAUGGCCCAGAUGCUGAAGCUGCAUGUUGGUAUGUGUCUGUGGGUAGCUUUGGUGCUCUCUGUGUUUGCUGGAUCGCAUCAGCAGACAGAUGAUCACCUUGGAGAUCUUGCCGAGUCAAAUGGGUCUGAGAAGGCUAGCAUCAUGCUAGAGUUACUUUGGGGAGGCAUUAAAAUUAUUACCAAUGAUUCAAUCAGGGUUCAAGAUGAAGAGGUGGCCUCACUGCGUCCUGCAAAACAGUUACUCCGGCUUUUUCAGCAUGAAAUUCCAAAACACCCAGCUGGGAUUGAGGAGCACCUAGAUCAUCUUUCACAAUCUGAUAUUCCUAUUACUGCAGAGGAAUUUGAGCAGCUGGUUUUCACUGCUGUCUACUGUGCUUACCAGAUUCGUGCCAUCCAAGGCCUGGAGAAGAACCUCUGGAUCAACCUUUUCUCACAGUCAGUCACUGAAAUCAUCCGUGAGCUCUGCAAACAAGUCUGUCCUGUGGAAUCUGUAAAUUCUGCCCAGCUUCUGGCCUCAAGGCCCUGGCAGGAAAUACCUUUCUACAUUACUGUACUGAAAAACUCCUACCAGUCCAAGCUAACCAUGAACUAGAGACUCCAAAGCAAAAAGGACAAAUAUUAAUUCUAGAUCACUUACUUUAAUAUGUAUGUUACUACAGAACAUGUACAUUUUAGCACUAUGGAUUUCUUUCAUAUUAUAUAGAAAUGUAUGCAGAAAGGCCACCUUUCCUGUUUUGUUUUCUCUAAUAUACCAUAGACCUCUUCGCUUAAAAUAAUUAUACGCCCAACUCAAGGCUAAGCCUCUCUGCUGU